GGUGGAUGACGAAAGCGGAAACUAUUUACCAGCGGGCACGUUGGGAUUUCUUCAAAACAUUUGUUGUUUUUCUGCUGACUUCUAGCUUUUCCCAUAAUGCCACUGUCCACACAAUCUCAAAGUCAAGAUGAACAGUAUGUUCUGGUAGCCAAUUUGGAUAAUGCUCGCAAUCUCUCCAAUAUCCUGAAAGCCAUCACCUGCAAGGACCACGCUGUCUUCACAGCAACAGCAAAUGGCCUGAAGGUCACAGUGGAGGACUGCAAAUGCAUGCAAGCCAACGCUUUCAUUCAGACAGAUAUUUUUCAAGAGUUCACAUUAAAAGAAGAUAUUGUUAUUUUUCAAAUUAAUCUUACUGUUCUGCUCGACUGCCUGAAUAUCUUUGGAGGAAGCACAGCAGCAGGAGCAUCAACAGCUCUACGACUGUGCUACAUGGGGUAUGGUCAUCCUCUGACAUUGUUCCUGGAGGAGGGUGGUGUAGUGACCGUCUGCAAAAUUAACACACAAGAACCAGAAGAACCAAUUGAUUUUGAGUUCUCCAGCUCCAACGUCACAAACAAGGUCAUUCUUCAGUCAGAGAGUCUAAAGGAAGCCUUUUCUGAACUGGACAUGAGCAGCGAGGUGCUGCAGAUCACCAUGUCCCCCAGCCAGCCGUACUUCAGGUUGUCCACAUUUGGAAACUCUGGAAAUGCUCAUUAUGAUUACUCCAAGGACUCAGAUAUGAUGGAGCUUUUUCAGUGCAACAAGACACAAACCAACAGAUACAAGAUGUCCUUACUAAAGCCGUCCACCAAAGCCUUGGCUAUAUCCUGUAAAGUCUCAGUGAGGACAGACAGUAGGGGCCUUCUUUCUCUACAGUACCUGGUGAGGAACGACGAAGGACAGAUCUGCUUUGUGGAAUAUUUCUGUUGUCCUGAUGAAGAGGUAGAGGAGGAAUAACAGCGGAUUCGUUGUGGCUCUAAGCUCAAGCUCAGCUGGGACAAAUGACUUUAUUUGAUCACACAGCCAUAAAAUGUUGAUCAGGCAAUAGAAAAGCUAUGGUAUUCUUAGUUCUAGCCUUCUUGAAAGACUGAAAAUGUCAACUGUUGAAAUUCAUAUUUCUCAUUUUCAUAAAUAAAAUUGCGUUAAUUCAGUGUUGAAUUAACACAAUUUUAGCACAAUUAACUUGUUCAUAUUUCUGUUUUUUGACACAUGGAAGAUCGUCCUGUCAUGUAUCUGUAUGUAGUUUUGCCAAAAUCAAACUCAAAAGUUCUGGGUUGAGUAAAUUCCAUUUGUUUAAUGUGUUAAUAUGGAAAUGUUUAUGCAAGUAAUCACAAGUAUCUGUUCAUGAUGAUUCUUUGUACAGCAAAUGUUUGACUCGUCUGACACUAAACAGUGAAAUGAGUACACUGAGGAAAAAAAAAAAAUUUUGCGGUACACAUUCAAAGUACA